AUGGCCACUAACUCCUUUCGGGACUCCGUCAACGCCCUGGGCUGGUCGCGGAGAGACCCGGAUCUGCCCGUCAAUACCAACGCUUCAUCGACCACCCCGUUCCUCUCGCGCCUCCAGUCUUGGAACCCUUUUGGCCAAGAAGGCUAUGUCCAACUGCCCACUCACCAUGAUGCUCCCGGGGCACCUCUUCCGGCGGCCACCCGUCGAGAGGAAGAAGAGGGCUUCUUUGCUUUGAGCCGGUGGGACCGGAUGCUCAUCUUCGCGGCAUGCAAUCUGGGAGCAGCCGUCUGCUUCCUGAUCUGCUUCUUCCUGUUCCCUGCUUUGGCAAUCAAGCCCCGCAAAUUUGCGAUCCUGUGGUCGGUCGGCUCACUCUUGUUCUUGAUAUCAUGGGCCGUUCUCAUGGGACCCUGGACCUACGCUAAGCACCUGGUCUCGGGACCACGGCUGCCGUUCACGGCCGCGUAUUUCGGAUCUAUUGCGCUAACGCUCUACUUCGCCGUCGGGUUGCAAAACCUCUUCCUCACCCUCAUCUCCUGCAUCUUUCAGCUCGUCGCCCUCGUCUGGUAUGCUGUCAGCUACUUCCCCAUGGGCAGCACCGGUCUGCAGUACGUGGGCCGCUUUGGUGCGUCGCGCGUCUCGGCUUGGGUGACUGGUUGA